ACCUAUCACAUCAUACCUUUUUCCUAAUAAUCUACACAUCACAUCCUACUUUUACCCAUCACAUCAAGGGUAUUUUUGGAAAGUCAACACAAAAUUAUCCCUCCCUUAAUUUCAACUUUAGUCAAAAUGUGUAAAUCUUUUUGGGACGGAGAGAGAAGGGAGAGCUUCUCUGAUUUUCCGUUUCCUUCUACCGUCGAUUUACACCCUUUGACGCCGCUGAACCUUCCCGGAGAUCCUGGCCCAUCCAACAGGCGAUCUCUUCCUUCCCGCCCUUACAUUGAUGUCCUUCGAGGAUUUUCAACAACCCUAGAAGCAGAUGGUAGAAGCGGUCACACAGCAAUUCCCCUCCCGCCUCUUGCCCAAUUGCAAGUCUCCGAAACCCUCAGGCGAGAACCCCCAGAGAUAAUUCAAGCCAAAACUCAGGCACCGGCGAAAUUCUGCAUUGAAGGUAAGAUUUUCACCUUCACUGAAUCGAUUUUCAAUAAGAAAAUCUGCGUUACUGAAAAAUGUUGGAAAAAAAGCUUCAACAUAUGGUUAGGGUUGGACACAUGUUCUUGGCUCUUAGAGGCGCUUCAAAAAUUUAUGUCAACUUGAGGUCCUCUAUUCCCCAUCCCCCUCCUUUUGUUGACAAUGCCUUAGUUUGUGCUUGGACUCAACCUUCUCCUCAACAAUCUUCAAACUCCAUCUCUGCCACUUUACUUAAAUUGGAAUUUUCAGAGAGUCUGCACCACCCUCCUCAUGGCCCUCCAAUUACCCCUGCAACCACAAAGCAGUCAACACUACAAGGCACCCUUUCUGCUUCAGCCCCAGCUUUCACCCCUCAAAGACUCGUCACUACACCAGGCCAAACUCUUGAUAUGGCCUGUGCAAAACCUCUUCAUUUCCAGGGAUGUUCUAAUUCAGACAAUGAUUUGGACAGCCCUCCUUGGGGCAAAAACCUAGGUUACAUCUCCGGGCCUGAAAUUAAUCCUUUGGACAACCAGAAAAAACUUCCCUCAAAUGUUUCUGAAGAUGAAUGGGUAACGGACAGAGGCUCAGAUGAUGAUGAAGACUGGCACGCCUAUAAAGAGGUCAACAAGAAAAAAAAACCUUAAGAAAUUUGACCAAUUAUGUUUGCAAUUCAAGGAUAGUCCCCAUCCAAGAAGAAGUAAGAGGUUAACAGAACUUAAAGCCAAGCGUGUUUGGGAACAAAUUUGAUUGGUGAGAAUGCUGUCAAGAUUUUCUCCUCAUGAUGUUCACCCUCUUCCUUAAUCCAGUGCUGCAGGUCGUUAUCAGGUUAUAAAUUAUCAUAAUCUAAUUCUGGUCUGAGAAUGGCAGUGUGUUUACACUAACUUUGGAUGACAUUUUAAAUGUAUAAACCUUAUGACUUUACCUUUGGCAAGCUUUCAAUGUUUUUGCUUAGAAUUGAAAGUGAACAAUUUGGCUCUAGAUGGUUUUGGCGCUGUUACUUGUGAAAAUACAACUAUGUGAAGGGAACCGUUUCUGGUGUUUGCUUCAUCUAUCAACAUUACGGAUGAGCAGAAUUUCUGUCAUCUUUUCUGGAGCUGAUUCAUGCGUUUAGCUAGAAUUGCUGGACAGAACUUAGUGACUCCCAUCCUGGUCAUUUGGGCAGACUGCAUUCUGCUCUCCUCAUGUGAUUUUUAUUGUUUGGCUUGAUGCUGCUUGUUUUAUACUCUGUAUUAGUUUGGAUAGUUUCUCUCUUGGGUGUAGUAUUCACUCUUUUUUGGGACAGCUUGUAGGGAUCCGUCCCAUCCCCCUUUGUACUUUUUCCUUUUCUAAUAAAUAUCCUUCCCCUAA